UUCGAGCUAACAAAAUAUUCGACGAAGGAGCUAAAGCACUUGGCGAUGCAUUGAAGGUGAAUCAAACUCUCACUACACUUAAUCUUCAACGGAACAAAAUAUUCGACGAAGGAGCUAAAGCACUUGGCGAUGCAUUGAAGGUGAAUCAAACUCUCACUACACUUGAUCUUGAAUCGAACCAAAUAUCCGCCGAAGGAGCUAAAGUACUUGGUGAUGCAUUGAAGGUGAAUCAAACUCUCACUACACUUAAUCUUGCAUUCAACAUAUUAUCGGACGAAGGAGCUAAAGCACUUGGUGAUGCAUUGAAGGUGAAUCAAACUCUCACUACCGUGGACCUGGAGAACAACGGAAUAUUUGGUGAAGGGGCGAUCGCACUCGCCGAUGCGUUGCACGUUAAUACGACGCUUGGGACACUUGUUCUGGGGUGCAACAUGCUGCUGGACAAUGAAGCUGAAGCAUUCGCCGAUGCCUUGAAAGUGAAUGAAAGUAUUCGUAGGCUUGAUGUUAGUGGCAACCGCAUAUCUGAUAAGGGUGCGCGAGCACUCGUUGAUGCUUUGAAGAUUAAUCGAAAUGUUGUGUCCCUAAAUCUGGAAUCCAAUGAAGUUUAUGAUGUGGGCGUAUUGGAUGUUGAGGCUGAGGGUGGGAGGGGGAGGUUGAGUAUAAUAUAA